GUCCUUCAGACAUCGCUUCACUAGCUGCUGCUAACUAGCUGGCCUAAUCUCGGGAUACUGACGAGCCACGUAAUUUAGCUGGGGGAUUUUUUUGAAUCUCACCUUGGGCUGCUAACGCGUUCUCCAAUCGAGAUCUAAUAUCGUUGGAAAUUAUAUUGUAUCAGAUGAUUUUCUUUUACUUCGUGUGUACAAAUACAAUAGAGCGUCCAUUCCUCCAUUCGAUCACAGCUCCGCCAUUUCAAGCUCAAGUCAACAUAAACUCGAAUUUUGAGAUUGCCUCAAAAAAAUGGCUCCGUUCAAAGUCCUCAUCGUCGGAGGCAGUGUAUCUGGCAUGGCACUCGCCAACAUGCUAGAACACCAUGGGAUCGAGUACGAAUUACUAGAAGCAUAUCCCACCAUCGCACCAGACAUGGGUUAUGUCUUGGCGAUGCAACCUGACGGAACCCGUAUCAUCCACCAACUAGGCUGCUAUGAUGCGAUGAAAGAAUGCUCUAUUUUCGUUCAAGAAGUAUAUGUUAUCGGGCCGACGGGGGAGGUAUUAUUAAAUGGGAAGAAUCAUGGAAGGGACUCGGUUGAAACUAUAGGAUACCCGUUGAUUUCUAUAGCGCGAAGAGACGUCAUUCGGAUUUUGUACGAAAACCUGAAAGAUAAGUCUAGAGUGCAUCCGAACCAACGUGUAAAGAACAUCUCCUCGACUAAAUCCGGAGUAACGGUCACGACCGAGGAUGGCUCCACAUGGACAGGAGAUAUUGUCGUCGGGGCAGACGGGGUACGCAGCGCAGUCAGACAAGAGAUGUGGAGGAUUGCACGAGAAGAUAAAUCUGAUCUCCUAGGAGAAGAAGACGCAAAAUCCAUGUCAAGCACUUAUAGCUGCAUAUUCGGAAGCUCUUUCGAUGUCCCAACCAUAUCGGAGACCGCAUUUUACCUUUCCGUCCAUGAAAAACGCACAUAUCUCAUCUCUCCCAGUCAGAAUGGGAUGACGUACUGGGCCUUCUUCAUUCCAAGCAAAGAGGUCACAUCAGGUCCCUAUGGGCAGCGAUAUUCGGCGGAAGAGGAGCAGGAAUUCGUCCAGAAGUAUCUGAGUGAUCACGUAGUGGACGGCGUGACGUUUGGCGAUUUCUACAAGCGCAAGAAGCGCUCCGUCUAUAUCACCCUGGAGGAGGGCGUGAUGAAGCAGUGGUUUGGUCCCCGAAUGGUCCUUGUGGGAGAUGCUGCUCAUAAGAUCCAUCCCAUCAUCGGCGCAGGUGGCGGCCAUGCGAUUGAAAGUGCAGCUGCGCUGGCAAACGUACUUGCGGAAGGUCUACAAAAAGAACCAGAUCCUAGCCAGGAUUCCAUCACCGAGAUGUUUCGACGGUUUCAGAAUUCCCGAGAGGAAAUAGUAAGAGGUGCUUCUGCUCAGGGUCAUGAGGUGCAAAAGAUGCAGAUGCUCGACGGUCCCAUACCGAAGUUCCUGCAGCUCGUGGUCAUCCCAAAAUUACCGGCGGGCUUCAUGAUCUCCGAAACAGCUUCACGGUUCAGUGCCGGUCAACGGUUUGCAGCCCUUCCGGUACCCUCAAUUCCGACUUCAUGGGGGUUUGAUGACGAGAUACGGAUGAGACCUCAACAACGCGCGGGAACGCACACCUUGCUCUUCGUGCUGGGCCUUUUGCUUACCUUUCUGAUCUCUCGUCUGGGUUCUGUGUUUGGUGAAUCUUUACCAAAACCAGACUUGAAUCACUCGCUACAACAAAACGCGCAAGUAUAUUCUAGUCUAUAUCCACUAGUCCUCUCAGUGAUAUGGACAAUUGAGUCGUAUAGAGUAGGAUCUACCAUGACCCCUCUCUGGAGUUCUACGUUCUGGUCAGCGAUGGCCUAUAUCUUCGGAUAUGACCUCGUUUCAAUAUUAUACAUUUCCCUCUACGUGCUAGUCAGCCAGAAGAGAUCAUUCUACUUCCCCGCGCCCCGAGCCAUGUCCGUUCCAACAGCGCGAACAUUCUUGCCAGUCCUCAUCUUGACAUGUGCGACUCCGGCCAUCACGACCAUUGCACCUGAGUUGAAUUUAUCCGACUCGAGCGCUUUCCUCAGUAACAUGACUUAUUCCUGGCGAACAGCACAAUUGCUCUACCCUGCGAUGGUCUUCGCGACGAUGAAGUUGUUCAGAUUAUCCAGUGAACGUGACAUUUCCGCUCUUAAAGGGAAUUCUGAUAUUAAAUAUCUCUGGGGGACGCUGGCGCUUGUACUUGUUCUGACGAGCUCGGCGUCUCUGUUACGCAUUAUUACGGGGAUUGCUCAACAGGAGGGACUUUCACUUUCUCUCGCUUAUCAUCUUCUUGCACCGUCGAAUUCACUUACGUCGACUAUCUUCCUCUGGAGUGUUUUCACUGUUUGGGAUCUUGCACGUAUUAAGGCUCCUGGGAUUGAACUGCGCGGGGGUCUCCUUUCUGUUAUUGUUGUCUCUGCUCUGUGUGGCUCCCCUGCAGCGCUGGCUUAUGUGUGGAUGUUGAGAGAACGGGCGUUGGAGAGAGGAAGAGAGAAGAUGAACUCUUGAUAGAUGGUCUUAUUGUUCUAUGCAUUUUGGUCGGAUAACUCUGCUCUAUAUGAUGCAUGAUUCAGGCUUUUUUGUCUGGUUUUUUGUCUGCAUGAUACAUACAUACUCCUGUCAACAUUGGAUUGGAAAGAAAAUACAUCUUA